GUACAUGGUAGUGAAUAGUGGCUGUGCUCUUCAAGUUUUACCUUAAUCGGCUGAAUCGUUCAGGAAAAAUUUCAUUUUAAGUAAUUGGACGUUUUGUUCGGCGGUCUUCUAAAAUGUUGUCCUUAAACAAAAUUGCAAAAUGCCUGUUAUCAAAUUCAAGAACUUUGCAGACUUCAACUGUCGUCAGACAUGAUACAAUGUUCAAUCAUAGGGAUACUAAGGAAAAUAAUCUUGAUAUCAAAUUUGAAUUCACUGAUGAAAACAAAAAAAGAAUUGAUGCUAUAUUAGCGAUAUACCCAGAUGGUCACAAACGGGCUGCCAUGAUACCACUAUUAGAUUUAGCUCAAAGACAACAUGGCUGGUUACCCAUCUCUGCUAUGCAUAAAGUUGCUGAUAUUUUAGAUUUACCUAAAAUGAGAGUUUACGAGGUCGCUACUUUUUACACAAUGUUUAUGCGAAAACCAACUGGCAAGUAUCACGUUCAAGUAUGCACAACAACUCCAUGCUGGUUACGAGGCUCAGAUGAUGUUAUGUCGUGCCUUAAGAGGAAACUUAACAUUGGUGUAGGAGAAACUAGUAAGGAUGGCUUAUGGACUUUAUCUGAAGUAGAGUGUUUAGGCGCAUGUGUCAAUGCUCCAAUGAUGCAGGUCAACGAUGAUUACUAUGAAGAUUUGAAUGUUAAAGAUGUUGAAUCUAUCAUUGAUGAUCUAAAGAACGAUAAAAUUCCUACUCCAGGACCCAGAACAACUCGGUAUGCAUCAGAACCUCUUGAUGGCUUAACGUCAUUGAAAGAAGAACCGUAUGGUCCUGGAUUCCAAGUACGACCAGAUUUAUAAACCAAAACUUGAAUGUAGCAUUUAAAUUGUUUUUAAAAACCAUAUUACUACACUUGAUUGAACAUUAGUGCCCAUUGAUUAAAUGUUUUAAACUAAGAAAUAAAAUAAAAAUACCAUUA